GCAAAAGAUACUUUAUCGAGAAUCCCCAACAUCCGCUCGAAUCUUCCGAGGACCAGCAUGACCGAGACCAAGGCAGCGAAUGGCGGGAUGCUGGAGGAGUGGACGUCGUACUUCUUCCCGUCGCCGUCCAAGGCGUCGCAGGUGACCUGCCUCGAGUUCUUCCAGCGCCCAUCGACCGGCACGACGCUGCUCUGCCAGGCCGUGCCCCAUCGCUUUGGCGUCUUUGAUGCAACGACGAUGGCGCUCGUGGGCCAAGAGCAUCCGCUGAGCGCGCCCGUGCGCCUCAUCCGCUUCAUGGACGCUGCGCCGUAUACGUCACUGCCGAGCUUGCUCUUGGUCUCGACGCGCAUUUGCAUCUUCUCGCUCGAGCGCCAAGCGUAUGUGUCUCCGAGCUACCGGCCGUCACGCUCUUGCAUGCAUUAG